AUGGAUCACCUGACAUCUCUCAACAAUGUGACUGAAUUUAUUCUCUUGGGACUCACACAGAAUCCACAUUUGCAGAAAAUACUCUUUAUUGUCUUUUUGCUUAUUUUCCUAUUUACCAUGCUGGCCAAUAUGAUCAUUGUCGUUACCAUCUCCCUCAGUCCCACACUUUCAGCUCCCAUGUACUUCUUUCUUACUUACUUGUCCUUCAUAGAUGCCUUCUACACCUCUGUCACAACCCCAAAAAUGAUCAUUGACAUGCUGUCCCAGAAGAGAACCAUCUCCCUGGGUGGCUGCCUGACUCAGAUCUUUGUGGAACACUUCCUGGGAGGAUCAGAGAUCAUCCUCCUCAUUGUCAUGGCCUAUGAUCGCUACGUGGCCAUUUGUAAGCCCCUGCACUACAUGACCAUCAUGCGACAGAGGCUCUGCUGCUUCCUGGUGGUUGUGGCUUUGAUUGGGGGAAUACUGCAUGCCACUGUGCAGGUUCUUUUCAUGGUGAACUUGUCCUUCUGUGGCCCCAAUGUCAUUGACCACUUCAUGUGUGAUUUCUUCCCACUGCUGAAACUUGCCUGCAGUCACUCCAUCAAGCUUGGAAUGGUGGUGGCAGCCAACAGUGGGGCUAUGUGUUUGCUCAUUUUUUCCAUGCUACUCAUCUCCUACAUAGUCAUCCUGAGCUCUCUGAAAUCUCAUGGCUCCAAAGCUUGUCACAAAGCCCUCUCUACAUGUGGCUCCCACUUUACUGUAGUGGUACUCUAUUUUGUGCCUUGCAUAUUCAUCUACGUGCGUCCUGUGACCACCUGCCCAAUGGACAAGUUGGUGGCUGUGUUCUAUACAAUCCUCACUCCCAUGUUUAAUCCUAUCAUUUACACAGUGAGAAACACAGAGGUGAAAAAUGCCCUGAGGAGUUUGUUGAAGAGGAGAGUAACUUAG